ACAAUGAAUUAAAAUUAGCCAAAGGUUUUAGCCAAAAAGAAAAGAAAAAACACUAAAAUGUGUUUAUUUCGGCAUGAACACUGCAUUUGGCCCAACAGUAAUUAUUCGUGAAUAUUUCUUUAUAUUGUUGGUCCCUUUAAGGGAAGACACGUGACUGUCACGUGUUGCGGAAGUAGAGCGGACUGUCCCGGCGUGAUUGUGUUUACAUCAACAGCCUCUGGUGUACACAGCACAUGCAGUUAUAAGUGAAGGUGAUGCAGAUUUGCAACAACGUGACCAUGAAGCAGGAGAUCGAUGGUGUCAGCAUCCCUGCUUGCUUCAUCUCCAGCCAUGAAGGUUUUCAUGGGAGCAUCAAAAAUUUUGUCAAAGACUUUGUGGUGACUGAGAUAGACACUAAUGGACAGUGGGUAAACAAAGAGGGCAGAGCAGCAGCAGGAGCAGAUCAACCUGGUUGUGCCUCUCGAAAUAAAGCCCACAAACCUGUGGAUGAGUACAAGCAGAAAAAUCAUCUGUCCGUCACAGACUGUAUGUACGUGUCAGGUGAUUGUGGAGUCGAUGUUUCCCCAGACAGUUUGGACUUGGGCAUGAUUUUAGGACAAUCUGUCAGCAAUGAGCUGGAGCAGUUUGUGUUGACUCUCCGAGACGAGAGGCCAACGAGGCAGGAGUUCUCUCUGGGAUUCUUUGCUGACAAACAACUCAGAGCGAACGUCCACCGUGCCGUCAGACACCGUUUCCCCUUCCUCAUGACCGUCACCAUUCAGCCCGAGAUCAGAGUGAGGGAGGAUCCAGACUACAGGGAGCUUUCACAGCUCGUCACGGAGGACGAGGCUGAGGACUUUUUCAGAUUUAUAGAUGCCAAAGUGCAGGGCUCGUCCUAUACGUUUGGACCUGACGACAACAAGGAGCACAGGACAGCAGUUCACCACUUCCUGAGCCGGAAGUUUGGGAAACUGGUGGAGACGAAGAGCUUCAGCGAUCAGGGGAGCACGGCCAUCACGGUGAGGCUGCGAGACCGAGGAAGACCGAAGAAGAGGAGUGCAGAUGAACGUAGCGAAGAUGAAAUUUACACGGCUUUCACUCUGUGUAAGGAGAACCUGGAGACUCUGGAGGCCAUCAGCUACAUGGCAGCAGCUCUCGGAGUCUUACCGUCAGACUUCACUUAUGCUGGGAUUAAGGACAAAAGAGCCGUCACAUACCAGUCCAUGGUGGUCAAGAAGGUCUCAGCUCUGAGGCUGAUGGAGAAGAAAGCAGAGUUUGAAAAGAGAGGUCUACGUCUGUCUCACGUCCGCUCCGUCAGCGAGCCUCUCAGGAUCGGGCGACUGCAGGGAAACCACUUUGACCUGGUGGUGCGGGACUUGAGACCACAUGGGGUCAGUGGUGCUCACUGUUCGAAUGCCGACAGACACACGAGGCUGGCAGCACUAGUGAAGGAAGCAGUGGGGAAUGUGAAGGCCAGAGGUUUUGUCAACUACUAUGGACCACAGAGGUUUGGGAGUGGACAGAGUGUUCAGUCAGACCGCGUGGGACUGGCUUUACUCAAGGAGGACAUGGUCAGUGCUGUUCGCCUCUUCUUCACUCCAGAAAACGAAAAUGAUGACCCUCCAAAUCAGGCCAAGAGACACUUCCUCCAGACGGACAACGCAAAAGAGUCUUUGGCUUUGAUGCCACUAUCAAAGGUCCGUGAGAGGCUGAUGCUGCGAGCCAUGAACCGAUACGGUACCAGUGCAGACGGUUGUGCCCAGGCCUGGCUCAGUUUACCCCACAGCAGUAGGGUCUUCUACCUACAUGCUUACUGUAGCAGGGUGUGGAACGAGGCGGCGGCUCACAGACUAACCACUCUGGGCCACAGUGUCAGGAAAGGAGACCUGGUGUGGACGCACGACGGACAGAGUCAGGCAGACGACAGUGGAGAAACGAGCUGUGCUCAGAUUCAUGUGGUGACGGACCAUGAAGAACAAACGGGCGUUUUUGAACUUCAACAUGUUCAGCUGCCGAUGCCUGGAAACACAGUGAAGUAUCCAGAAAACUCCAUGGGAACCUGGUACAAAGAAAGACUGUCCAGAGACGGACUGGGAGACUGUCGCUUCAGAGUCAGCGGCCUCAAACUGAACAUUCCCGGCUGUUACCGCCCCCUGCUGGCCAUGCCACACAACUUCAGCUAUCAGCUUCAAGAAGCAUCAAGCAAAGGGGGAGAAGAAGAAAAAAAGACGCAGGAUUCGCUCGUCUUAAACUUCGACCUGGACUCGUCCUGUUACGCCACUGUCUGCCUCAGAGAGGUCAUGAAGUGUGACCUCUAGUGGUCCGCUACGACAUUUAGUUUCUGUGUAUUCAUGUUUGAAAAAAAAAGGCAGCUUUUUUAUAUCCCGACCUCAUUCUAUUGUGUCACAAUUUUUUUUGUAACAGUAAAAAAAAUGUGAUACAUAUAAAAAUUCAAGUUUUGUGAAGCUGAUGAAAACCAUCAGAUCUGUAUGAAUCUAAAUGUAGAAGCAUUUAACCAGUAUAUGUUUUGUGCCAUGAAUAAACACACAUAUAAUGGAGCUGGAAAAAAACAGUUUCAUUCACGAAUGUCGUUUUUUUCUACUCCUGCCACUAGAUGGCGACAACGGAUAACUUUCUCUGUCUACCCGCGGCGUAAACACAUG